ACUUUGGUCACCAGUAGGAAUGAUUUUAGCGCUUUGACGGUCAAACAGGAAAUUAAAUAAUGAUUAUUUAUUUAUAAGUUCAAGCAGCUUCGCUGGUGAUGUACGACUUAUGGCGCCGAAGCGUUUACUCUUUACAAACUUCAAUGUUUUGGGAAUUAAAUGUCAAUCAAAAGAAAUAAAAAAAGGUCAAGGACGGACGAAAUAUCACUCAUAAUAAAAAUACAUUUUAUUCAUAUAGAGCUUUUCAAAACACUUGAAGACACUUUACAGAGUUACACAGAGCAGUUCAAAGCAGGUGUGAAAAGGUGGGUCCUGAUCAGGGAUUUAAAUCUUGACAGGUCAUCACGCCUGUCAAACAAGAGAGCGGUAAAUUCAAGCCGUGUCAAGGAGGAAGACAGAUGAUCGCCUGCUUAGCUCUGCACCCUGCAGCUAGACGGAAAAGUCAAGGUAAUUAAGGCCCUCAGCAACGCUCUCCUCAACGCCACUGCACCCCGCAGAUCACUCAGCAGGAAACCGUGACAGCCGGUUCAGUCAAAGACCGUUGGCUACUGCUCUUUGACGUGCCCUGACCGGACCUGACAGACUCAGUGUGCAGUCUGGAAAUGAACAUGGUGAGGUUCAUCUCUAAAGAGUCGUCUGAGAUCAUGGUGGAUUAUGUCAAUGUGGACGAAUCAUCUUCCAGGAUUACGAACACAAAGCGCUGUUUAGGACAGGAGGUCAGAGGAGUGACUGCUGCAGCGCCUGGGGGAAAACUCUUAACACUGGUUGCUGUGAGCUUUGGCGUCCUGUGUUUCCUACAAGUGGCUCUCAACAUUUCCCUGCGCCUCACUAUCUACACUUCUGACAGGAAGACCACGAUCAAUCUGACUGACUUUGAUCCAUAUUUUCAACGAGGAUGGGUUUAUUUCCGUUCCAGUUUGUAUUUUAUUUCUUCUUUGAAGAAACCUUGGCAAGAGAGUCGAGUCGACUGUCUGCAGCAAGGAGCAGACCUGGUGAUCAUCAACAGCAGAGAGGAACAGGACUUCAUUAGAAAGUUCUAUGGGCUGAUUUGGAUUGGACUGACUCGGAGAGGACACAAUGGGACGUGGAGAUGGGUGGACGGCACGCCACUGACCAAAAGUUAUUGGAGUCCCGGGGAGCCCAAUGAAUUUGAAGGCAAAAAAGAAGAUUGUGUGGAAAUAAAGCACCAUGAGAUGGACGACAGCUGGAAUGACAUCCCAUGUGAGGAUCAGAACUUCUGGAUCUGUGAAAAGAUGGUGGCUGUAUAACUCAGCAGGUGAAACCUCUGCAGAGCUGACAUGAACUGGAGUCCACGACGUCACGCUUUGCAGCCAUAGUGUCACCGUCCAUCACGCUCCACAUGUCAAGUGCAAGUGUUGGUCAGAAGGAUCAUUUCAAACAGAAGAGAUGUUUCCUGAGCAGAGGCCUCGUUGUUGUUGUCUUUUUUAUCCGUAUAAUUGUAUCUCUGAAUCCCAUCUGAUCAGAUAAUUGAGACAUUUAAGGAGAACUUGAACAACUGAUUAAUAAAUCACUGAACCAAAA